AUGGCUGGCGAACAUAGUGAUGUUUUGGAAAUUGCUGAUCUCCUUUGCGCUCCAAAAAAAUUAGAUAGAGAUCGUGGCGAAACUUUAUUAUUAGGAAGGGGAUUUGAAUCAAAUGAACUUAAGGACAUAAUAGAAUGGAUCAUGGAAAAGUCUGAUAAUUUGCAUCAGUGGGAAGAUCUAUUUGGUGCACUGACGAUGUCUAAAAUCUUACUCGAAAAAGUUCCAACUAACAGCCUGGAUUUAUUUAAUUUCAGGGAAGACAUGAUUAUCAAGUUACCUGAAGUUGACUGCAGUUGGGAAUAUCGAGUUCGUAUUGCAGCUGGAGAAUUAAUGGGGAUUCUUUGCAAACUUGGAGGUGUCGACGUUUUUAAAAGAUUUCUCCCCCGAAUCAAACAGGGCAUUGUGGAUAAUUUAAACCGCGACCCACUUAAUCCUGUUAAGGAACAGGAAGAAGCGCAGAAAGAACUUGAUUUGGUUAUGGAUACUAAUCCUAAUUUAAGCAAGAGUUCUCUAACUCUCUUCCACGAUACAGCCGGUUGGAAGAAUCUUGAAACAUGGAUGAAGUCUCUCCACUACUGUGUUGAAGGUCUUGGGUCCGAGCGCUUUAAGACUUGCUGUGACCCAGAAAUCAUCACUAUCGUGUUUAAGGCUGUUAAUCACACCAAUAGAUUUGUUCGAGAGACCGGCUAUGACGUCAUGGGUACCAUCAUUCAAAAUCAGGGUUGUGGUGGCUCUGGUGUAGGUGAAGAUGGUCAAGAAAAUGUCUCCGAUUACAUUCGCGUGGCGCAGCAGCUGAGAACUGGUCUUGGAGAUAAUUGGAGUCGUGUAAGAAUGGCAGCCCUGAGAACAACUCGUCUUUUGUUUGAGGUUUCUCCACCUCCUGGUCAAACUCAUGAGGGGGUUUAUCCAAUCCUUCUGCCUCCGCUCUGUCUAAAUCGAUACUAUGUUGCAGAGGGUGUCAAAGUUUUCAGUCAACAAACUUGGUGUAAAGUGACGGGUGGACGGGGUCGUGAAAUUCUUACGGGCAUUAUCGUGCCUACUCUUGAUUACUAUGUGGAACAGAGCAGAGCAGAUAAUCAUGCUAUUCGUGAAGCAGCCUGCGCCUCUAUGGCCGAAGUCGGUAUCAAGCUGCCUCGGGAUGCCCUUCAUCCCCACUUGACCCGUCUCCUUGAAGCCCUGACUACCUGCUUCGCUGACGAUAGUUGGCCAGUUCGUGACGCCGCCUGCAUUGGCCUUGGUAACCUGGUUUCCAUGUUUCCUCAAGAGACUCGUGAGGCUGGCUACAAUGAUCUUAUGUCUCAACGUUUUCUCCACAACCUUGUUGAUUGCAUUCCGUCAGUGCGUGAAGGUGCUGCAGCGUCGAUUGCCAAAGUCCUCCAGGGUGCUAAUGAUUCGGAGCUGGAAAAGGUACUUAUGAUUCUCUGUGGAUAUAUGUGCGCUGUGGUAACUGAAACUAGUGGAGUUAAAGUAGGGCAAUUAUUUCGGUAUUUUUUUCAUCUACAGAUGUAUCUUGAGUUCGCGGAAAAGCAGAUGGAUGAUAUUGUGAACCAGCCGAAGGAUUCCAAAGGUGCUUCCACAAUGUCGCGAGGUCCAGGAGGAGCCAACGUGAUUGUCAAAAAGAGUACUGAUGCUCACGACCCUAAACAUACCAAUCAGGUCAUGUACUCUUGUGGUUCUCUUGCUCCCGGCGCAAAGAAAGGUGGCAGUGGUUGCUGCAUGGACGACACUUUCCAACGACCCAGUCAACCCUGGGAGAGGGCUGAUGGAGCAAUUCGUCUAAUAGGGGAGAUGGGAAUUCACGCUCCCCAAAAGGUCACUGACAAACUCCUGGAGAAGAUGGUCACUGCAGCCUCGCUAACACACUAUCCUCAUUAUCCCUAUCUUCUUGAAACCGCUUGCUAUACAAUAAAGGCACUCUGCGAAGGUCAGCAGAAAUCAGACUUCAAGCGCAACUUGGAUUUCCUUUUACCAGUCCUGGCAUGGGCUGUUUCAACUGAUCAGCCUCUUCCAAUUGUCGCUGCAGAGGAAUGCUUAGCAACACUUAGCCAAGUUCUCGGUCCCACAGUCCUCCGUUCUCGUAUUGAAGGCCACUUGGAGUCAUCUACUGUUCCUCGUCUUCUCAACCACCUGCCUGGAAGGUGUUGA